CUGGUCUCUCCAUAUACCCCGUGAUAUCCAAAACAACAUAACAAAGUGGGGGAAACAUGGCGAGCGGAGAGGAGGCCACAAGACGCCCCUCGGUUACCUCCUCUUCGGUCGGCCUUGAGGCACUGUUCCCUGCGGGGUCGUCGGAGCAGAUCUGCGGGGACUCGAACCCGGAGCUGGUCCGCCUGCGGGAGCGUCUCCAGGGCUGGCUAUCGCAGUAUGAGCCGCUGCUGCUGUGGCUGCAGAGGCUGCUGGUGUGGGAGAGGCCGCUCUACAGCAUCUCUGUCGCCCUCACACUCAACACAUUAUUCUGGCUGCUGUCCUCCACCUCCCUGCGGCCUCUGUUCCUGCUGAGUGUGUCCCUGCUGGGACUGAUGCUCCUGGAGAGAUGGAAGCCCAAGUUGCCCAUCAUAACUGUUCAACAAGCAGAUGCUCCCCCUGUGCAAAGUGACACAAUGAGCGGGGAGCAGCGUCUGCUCAGCGUCCCUGAGCUCAGCCACCACCUGGCUGAGAGCUACCUGACCUACUGCCUCUACCUGCAGGACACGCUGCAGUACAAACGACAGAACCACGGCAAGUUCUGUGUGAUGAUGUGCAGUGGCUGUUUUGUCCUGGCCGUGGUUGGGCAUUACGUACCAGGAAUCAUGAUCUCCUAUAUUAUCGUCCUGAGCGUGCUGUUGUGGCCGCUGGUGGUGUACCACGAACUGAUCCAGAGGAUGUACACGGGCCUGGAGCCCAUCCUGAUGAAACUGGACUACAGCAUGAAGGGGGACACGGAGCACCGCAAGCACGACAAGAGGAAGGUGAAGAAGGAGGUAGAGGAGGGGGACGAGCCAAGAGCUGAAACUGAGAGUGAGAGCGAGGAGGAGCUGUCCUGUUUCGCCCCGACGGUGGAUGUGAAGACCACAGCUCUGGCCAUGGCCAUCACAGACUCAGAGCUGUCCGACGAGGAGGCCUCCAUCCUGGAGAGUGGAGGCUUCUCUGUGUCCAGAGCCACCACUCCUCAGCUCACCGACGUCUCUGAAGACCUGGACCAGCAGAGUUUCCACAGCGACCCGGAGGAGUCCUACCUGCGGGAUCUCCCCGAGUUCCCCUCAGUGGAGGAGUUCCCGUCCAUGGAGCACAACCUGCUCCACUUCCCCCUGCGAGGCCCCGGCCAGGCUGACGGAGCCCAGGCCGCUGCUCCGUCAGAGAGGGAGCCGCUGAGCCCCGCCAGCCUCCUCAUCCAGCACCUGGCGUCCCCGCUGCACUUCGUCAACACGCACUUCAACGGGCACGGACGACCACCUGGGGGGGAGGAGGGCGCGCUGCCUGCGCCGGCGGCGGGGGAGGAAGCCAGGAGCCAGGAGGAGGAGGAGGAGGAGGAGGAGAAGGAAGCUGCAGUCAGCCAGGGAGCUCAGCAGUCGUUGGAGGCGCUGAGCGAGGAGAUAGUGAGCACGGCCAUCUCCACCGUGGUGCAGAACACUCUGUCGGCCCUGCUGCGCUCCGGGGACGCCAGCGAGGACCCCUCCCUAGCCGAGUUCCUUCCCACUGAAACCCCACCAGGUGCUCUGGAUACCUCCACCCCGCCCGCCGACACCACCGCUAACACUACAGUUACUACAAUAGAGGCGCCGGGGGGCGACGAGGACCUGGACGAGGCCGUUACGACAGAAAGCGGCGCCGGCGAGGAGAUGCCUGACGACACACUAGUUCCCACUGAGGAAGAGGACUUUGAGCUUCUGGACCAAAGUGAACUGGAUCAGUUGGAUGAGGGGCUGGACCUCAUCUCUGACAGACAGGUGGUGGGAGGAGCCUCAGGAGCUCCAGACACGCCUCCGUCUCCUCCGCAUCAACCACAGUCAUAGCUUCCCUGUUGCCUCCCCCGCCCCAACCGUUUUCUUUUUAUUUGUACAUUAGACCUACAUUAUAUCCAUACGUACUGCUAUAUACAAAACAUUUAUCAAAGAGUUUGGCGUUUAAUCCUGUUGGUCGGUGAUUGUGUGGCAUAUGGCUGAGAUUACUCGGUGCGUCCUGGUUCUGGUCCUCCUCCCUUACAUUUGCAGUAGAGUCCUUUUUGGCCCAAUAAUAUCCAGUUCAGUGAGAGCAGGUUCAGGGCAGGACUGGCUUGGGGUAACAGCUAUAGAGACAUCAUUAUUGUCAGGUGAUGCAAAGCAUUUUAUAUUUGUUUUAGCUUAAUCAGUCAGGCAAAUUUCUUACUGCGUAGUAAAAAAAAAAAAACCCUGUCCAGAAUAAUGAUGCCUUUAUUUUCUACCUUGGCUAACCUUCCACCUUGUUUUCCUUCAGAUGUUUAUGUAGAUGGUGUUAUAAAGAUGUUGGAUUAUAUAACUAUUAAUAUAUGCUAUAAAUUAUUUAAUUUAACAGUCAACGAAGCAUUAUUGUUGAGCUGAUGGGAGACUUUAAAAGCAAAUUGAAUCCCCUCAGUCGCCCAUAAAGAUUGUAUGAUAAAUGUUUAAACGAUGACAUCAUGGACGUCCGGGUUUAAAAUGUAGUUGCGUAUUCCCAGAGUUUGACUCAGUAAAAUCCUUCACCUUCUUUACCUUCAAGGUGUGCAAGAUAACAGUUUUGACAGAAGCAUUCAGUUUUUAGUGGUCUUUCACUUGUUGCCUGGAAACGGAAGCUUAAUCUUUGACAUUGUUGGAUGUUGACCAGAAGUAGAUCUUUACCCAGACACUAAGUGACUUUGGUGUGACAAGAUAAAAGACACGUUCCAGAAUUCCCUCUCUGUGAUCGAUGCUUCGUUUUUAAUAAUAUUUGCAAUUUAAUUUCACACAUCCAAAUGUAAUUGAAUUUAUUCUUGAUCUCUGUUGAAAGACACACGCUUCUCGUUAGAUAGGCCCGUCAACUAUUUGUUCCAUGUAUAGUUAUCACUGGGAUAUGUAUAUUUACCAAAUAACCUGUGCCACGACAAGUCCAUGCAUGCCAUGCAUCACGCAUGUAUUUACCAUGAUCAAUAUUUGAGGUCAGUUUUCGAAGGAGUGUUGCUUUUACUGGAGCAGAUUUCCUGUUUUUGGAGGGACAUAAUAGUUUAUUAGCACAUUAUGUAUCUGGAGAAAGACUUUCGACAAAAUCUAGCACUAUGCGUGACUGCAUAAAGAGGCCGGUUUUGCUUUUGUAAACCACUCAGCAUCCAAAUCUCAGGGGUGGGUUGUACAAAUUGAAGAUAACAUUGCAGAAUAUGUGACCAUUUCCCGACUUGUCGUAGUGCACUGUAUUUGUACUAACCUUUCCUUUUUUCAGUCCAUGCCUCCUUGUGUAUAGUGUAGAAAUGCUAAAAAAAAAAAAAAGGAACGUGUAUAUUCUGCAUGUAAAAACAGCGCUCUGUUCAAGUUCUCCUUGUCAGCUGACAAAGUACUGCACAAUUUGUGAGAAAAAAAUUGAAUGUUUCAGGUAAAAAGAGCCCAUUAAAUUCAGUUUGUUUGAUAUUUAAUUACCAACAGAAGGAAGAAACGUUGCCCAGCUGUAAAUGGAAAUGGGUGACGAGUGAUCACAUCAGAUUUAAGGAAGGAUAUUAACAGACUAGUUUGUGUAUGUUAGUAGUGUGUUUUAUGAAUAAAAUAUCGCUUCUUGAACUAUAAAAAAGGCACUUACUGAACUGUACAAUUUUAAAAAAAGGAAUAUAUUUUCUAAUUUCUCCUUUUUCCAUAAAGUACUCAGUUUGAUCUUUUACAUCUAAAAAAUAUAACGGCUAUGGAAGAGUUUCACAAAGCGGAAAAGAUUUAUUGUCAUUAAACUGGUAAAAUAAAACUGCAACACCACAUGUGAAAGUAAGAGAAUAAAAGAACAAACUGAAACAAACUGGA